GUUCGCUAAUAAAGGCGUGAAGUAACAUUCUUUUACGUUCGCUUGAUUUUGUCACGCGGUUUGUACCGGCGCACUUUUGCUGGGAGGUUAAUUUUACUGCCCAUCCUCUUCAGUACGGGAAUUUAUGUUUUGUGAUUCCUGCUGAGUAAACACACCAGUUCUUCAAAGUCUUUGAAAGACGCAUAUACGUCACAAACCAUCACGAGAUGCUUCUUUCGGUUGAAUCACUGUUGUUGCUGCUUCAGCUACUCGCGUGUGCAGGUAAGAGCAUUUAGAUACUUAUCGUUUUAUUUUCUAGAGAGAUAGGUUUUUACUUGCUACCUUAAUCUUGACUUCUCUAGCAAUUGCCGACGAGUAAUUGUAUUUCAUAAUACACCUGGUAAUCAAUAUGCUACAUUGAAAUCCUCCUUGAUUCAUUUAGUAAACAAUCACUUCAGUACUACUUCCGCUGUAAGAUGUAGGAGGAAAUGUUGCCAAAUGUUGAUUGUACCAUGUAUGCCGAGCAAGUUGAAGCAUGGCGAUCAUUCAACCACGCGCGUUUUUGCACCAGUUCGAAAUAAAGACGCUACACUGAAUAGUAAAAUACUUGGAUUUAGCAAAUGGAAUGAAAUUAUCUAAAUGAUCUAAGAGUGCGCUAAAUUGCGACGUGACGAUUAAAAAGUGUUAAUUAGGUUUUAUGUUUGAUACUAUCCAAAGAAGAUGUAACGAAAGUUUAUUUGAAUAACAUGAAUCUCAACGAAAUUUUGUGAAACAAAAAUUCAAUUCAGUUGAUGAAUUAAUGUAAUCACAGCGUUGCACGGCUUUCGAGUAGCGUAUUAUGGCAGACUGAUGACCUACUGGAUCCAGUGACAAAAUAUGUAUCGUAUUGAUGUUUCAAGUGCUGGGCUUCUUUUAAAAGAGCGAAUUAAUGGAGUGUGAGUUCUUUGCAGUUUAGUAUUGUACCUUAUAGAGGAACCACGAUGUUGAUUAUAAAUAGGAUCAUUUGUUCUCGCCACAUGUGAAAAACGACUUUCUAAAGUGUGUUAAAUUUCAACAUAACGAUGGAAAAAGAGUCAAAGAGAAGGCAUCGUUAUACACGCCCUUUUCCACGGGUACUUUGUCGCAUGACAUGUUUCCCAUGUUGGAUGUGGCUUCUGAAUAAUUAAGGUUUUCAUUUAAACUAAAGGUGUUUCCACUCUGGUAAUUUUUCUUCCAUUUUUUGCUAUGAACAAAAGGAGAUGCACCAACGCAAAUAGAACAGUUGUUUCAUGUUCAAGCGUAAACUGAAUGAACCCUGGCUUAACAACAUGUUAUUUAUAGUUGUAGUCCUAAGCAAAAAUCGUCCGGACAACUUAUAUCACAAAAAGUGUCAGCAUUAAAGGUACAUAUCAGGUUACCGUUCAUUUUUUUUAUGGUGGAGAGGGGGCUGGUGGGAUUCGACGGGUAGCUCCUAGAUCGUGUAGUAUAUGAUCACCCCCUCCUCAUAAGAAUUUUUUUCAUUUUCUCCCCCCCCUUGUGACCCAAAUUAAUGGAGAUGACCCCCCAAGAAAAGAAAAAAGGAAAAAAAAAAAAGAGAGAGGGAACAAACAAAAAAAAAAUGAAAAAUCAGUGAGUUUGUCACUUUCUCCUAAUUCCGCUAGGGGAGUCCGGAGGCAUGCUUCCUUGGGAAAAUCUGAAAUUUCUGAAUGUCAGGAACGCUAAUUUUUGGCAUUCUGGUGGGCUGUUUGUAUAAUUACAAAUGUCGUCGCUGCAAAAUUCUAAGGAUUUUUAGGUGACUCCCCCUUUAAACACAAUAUCUUUUCUUUUGAUUUCCCCUUUUAAGCCAUAUUUUUUCAAUCCCCCCCACUGAUCCCACUAUCCCCCCGUACCUGGUAGAAAAUGAACGGUCCCUCAGUUGACUACUGAUGAACUCGAACUCAAACCAAAAUUGAAUUCUCCUGAAUUUCCUUCAUUCGAUGUAAUAUACCUGGAGUUAUGAAAACCGGGUUAGCAAACAUCUUGUAAUUUUUCUCAACUUCCCAUGUUUAAUAGCUUGUUUACUGUGUGGUUUGCUUAUGUUUUUUUUUUUGCUUGUUUUGUGGUUAGGGAUUUGUGCAGAAGUGGAUGUAGACAGAAUUACUAUCUUUCCCCCCUUCCUAUUUUUUUGCUAUCCACAAUUCUUUGUUUAACACAAGUGACAGUUAUUUGAAAUCCGUACGCGCCUAAAGCUGGUUUCGGUGCCGUUUAGCAGUUUAGUUUUAUAUAUUGGUCACCUUGAGAAAAGUUUCCCGGAAAGCAUCCUGUAAAGCUCUGAGAUGGGACAAAGUUAUUACGAUUCGCAGAGUCUGCACCACCUAAUAUCGUAUUAUAUUCUCGUUUCAUUUGGUUAAACGGAUAAAUCACCCUGAUCCGGGCCGAUACGAUAUUGUUCGCUUUUCUAAGGUGACCACUAAGUCUUUGGCCUCGGGAACAGGCUCUUAGGAGUCAAAUGAAUUGGGUGAGAGCAAAAUUGCAGGACAACUUUGACCCGGGCCAAGACUUAAUUUUUUUUCUGGUGUGAAAACAAGGCCAAGGAGAUCCGCCAACCGUGUGACUCUACAUCCGGGAACUUGAAUAAGACGAGUGUAAGAGAAAAGUCCAGAGGUAUUUAUUUGCCAAUAGGUUGAGUUUUUCCGAGUUCUUCGAUAAUACUUCGCUUAUGUUAAACGUGAGAAGGUUAUGCGUGGUUGUGGAUAGUCUUAUCAGUGCCGCGAAAGUGUUUGAUUGUGUUAUUUCCGCAUGGUGUUGAUAGGUAUGUGAUGGCGUGGUUGAAAAUAUUCUGUGCCAGCCAUUAAUAUUGUUUCGUCGGUGUUUAGCUUAGCUGAUUGUAACUUGGAAAAGCGACUCUCGACUCAGGAAAAUUGGAUCUAGGUCUAGUUUCAGCGGGCUCUAAUGGAAUUGAACCAUAGGCCGAGUUUUACAGAUAACAAAGUGAUAAUUUGUGCACUACGUUUCAUUCAGUUUGUUGUCUAUUCCAUGCAGAAUCCUGUUGUUUAUCGAACCGCGAAAAAAGUCCUGUUUUGCUAGCUAUUUAAGUUGUUAUGUAAGCCUUAACCAGGCACUCUUUCGCUGCAGUUCACUCAACUUAUAAAUUUCUAGAAUGAAAUGACACCGGUUUGAAAGUUCGCGACGUCAGUUUACUGAAUAUAAAUGGUCUAAAUUUUGCCUCAUUUUAAAUUUGGAGUAGUUGGAAUGCUUCUACGGACCAUUAACUUACUGCCCGGUGUCAGAUAAAGGCUUUUAAUCGGCCUUUGAAUGAGUUUUAUUGUUUUAAACUGCCAAGUAGUAGAAGGAGUUGAUAUUUUUGCUAACCCGGUUUUCAAAAAUCCAGGUAUAUUAAGGUGACUCGACCCAGUUUUUUUGGGGGGGUACCAUCCUACUUUGAAGCUCUCUGGUAUCCCCCACCUUUACUUUUAUCAUAAGUCUAACACAUAGAAUGGAUAAUAUAUAGACCAAUCUACAAUGUAACCCAUAUUUUUUGGCGAUCGGAGUAAAUGUCACGUGGUUACAAUGCCACGCCCCUUUGAGGUCUGAGUCGAAAAUCUGCUGUUGCCGGCAUUUUUUCGUGAAAAUCUCUCGGCUACACAUAGUGUGCAUUAGUGGGCCUUGCGCUGAACAGAGUUUCACCAAAACCGCACAGACCCAAUGCGAGAAAUUCAGCGGUUUCCAAAUUUAGGUCAUAAUUUAUGCGAAAAUGAUAAGCAAACUUUACACGAUUAUAUCUAAUAAACUAUGAGAUUUAUCCCUUUACUUUUGGGAUUUUUAUAACAGAUGGGUCCUUGCAAGUCAGCAAAAAGCUUUAGGGCCUUGUAAAUGCGCGCGAUUUCGAGCAAUGCAAACAUAUAGAAAUUAUAGUUUUAGCUAUUUGUUGACGUUUGUCAGCGUUUAAGAGUCCUUCUCACGAAAAAAGCAUUUUCUUAAAAAUUCGUAGUUUUUUUUCGUUCAAAAUUUUCAGGGCCACAAUCGAUUAACUAACUACCCGGAUUCUGAAUUUCAUGAUCAUUGAAAAACUGUGACAUUAUCUUCUAUAAGCUUAAACUUGAGUAAACAUUGAAGAUUUUUAGCGUUUUGGCUGAGUUUGUGCUUUGGGAGUUUUCUAUUGUUUCUAGUCUGUCAUGAUACAGCAUUCUUGUUCAGCACGCGUGCAAUGACAGCGCUAGGCUGACUUCCGAAUGCACACCGAGAUAUGAUAAUUUAGUACUAGAAAUUAAAAUAGAAGGGAUUCCCGUCACGUGACGUCUCCAGCCAGCUGAGUGUAUACGUCAUGCCGAGAAUUAAAAACUCUAAAAAGAAAAUGGCCGGAGUGUUGAAUGCUAUUCGGGCGAGAGAGGAAGUUCACGGAGAAGAGAUUGUGUAGCAUUUCUUGAUUUUUUUAUGCAAAAGCAUAAAAGGGUCUUUGCGGUUUUAGUGAAACUAUGUUCAGCGCAAGGCCCACUAAUGCGCACUAUGUGCAGCCGAGAGAUUUUCACGAAAAAAUGCCGGCAACAGCAGAUUUUCGACUCAGACCUCAAAGGGGCGUGGCAUUAUAACCACGUGACAUUUACUCCAAUCGCCAAAAAUUUUAUGUUAUAUUGUAGAUUGAUCUAUAUGUUAUCCAUUUUAUGUGUUAGACUUACGAUAAAGGUAAAGGUGGGGAUACCAGAGAGCUUCAAAGUAGGAUGGUAACCCCCCAAAAAACUGGGUCGAGUCACCUAAAUUGCACAGAAAUCACAAAGGAGCAUCUUUAAAUUCGUUAAAGAUCAGUAAAAUGUCUCUCACGAUUAUCUCAUACAUGCAUGUUCUUUGUCGAGGAGCUGAUUUGGCAAAAAUGCACUUUUCUAGGUAUAAUCAUCCUCAUAUUCUUUGCAUGUGCUCUAAGGCAUUGUAGAGUGAUAACAGGCUAAAAUGUGACAUUGAAAUAUCAGGCAAAACCCAGAACUAUCGCCUGAAAAGUGUUUGCAACUUUUAACUUCAGGCACUUAUUCCAUUGAGAUUAUACACCCGGGGUAGCUCGAACCCUCGAUAACACGAUACCUCCCUCUAAUUCGUAGAGAUUUUUGUUUCCCUUUAAAUCACUUGUUAAAAAAGGGCACAGCAUUCAGAAAUGAUCUCCCGAUAAAUCGUACGUUUUUUCCCGGAAGGUUGGAGUUAUCGGGGGUCGUUUCUUUAAUUUUCUUUUGUUCAAAAGCAUUUUCUUGGAGAAUUUUCUCUGUGAUUUAUAAAAUCAUUAAAUCAUCAACUUGUUGACCAAAAAAAGCUUUCUUUCAACAAUGAAAGUAAAGCUAGUGGAUAAAAUGAUUCAAAGUUAUUAUUUAUGAGUUUUUUUUUACAUGUCAAGCACUAAAAACCACCUUUUAUGGCGCUUUUGACCUGAUUCCUAAUUCUUGGUAAAAUCCAAGACUGCGGCAUGGGUGGACCAUAUCGUUGAUAACGUCGCAGGUCUCCAGCAGCUCCACACCUUAGACGUGUGUGGUUUUGCUCCGCACUUGGCAAUGUUGUAUGGCCGAAACUGUUAAACGAACAUCGAGGAAAACAAAACAGAAAAAAAGAUCAAAGAGCUGGAAGACGGAUUGGAUUUUGCGAACACGGAAUGCGGUCUUUUAAGGAGAAAUUUGACAAGCUGAAUGCGAAAUUAAUCCGCUCAGGGACGAGAAACUAUACAUGGAAGUAUAUCAGCGGCGGGAAAAUCUUCGUUUUUUCGGAAUUAAAAAAGAAGCCGAUACGGAGGAGGACGCGAGAGAGGUUUUGAUUGGAUUCCUUUAAACAGAGCUUGGUAUAGAAAAUGCAGAUCAAGUCGAAUUCCAAAGGGUUCAUCGUGUUGGAAAGCGUGUUUCUUUCGAUGGUAAACCUAGACAAAUAAUCGCACGCUGUUUGAAAUAUCCUCAACGAGAAGAUGUCCAAUGCUAGAAGGGUAAAAGGAAAAAACUUUGGAAUUUCGCUGGACCUUCCAAGUGAAAUUUUAGAAAGAAGAGAGAAGAAGAUGAAGCAAUUUAAUCAUGCGAAAAAGGACAAUAAGACCGCUUUUUUAGUAGAACGGAGCCGGAUAAAUAACCCUUAUGCAUGUUUACGUCACACAAGCAAAUUUCACCACCAAGCCUCGUUUUGAAAUUAAAAAUAAGCGAAGUUUCACAGAAAUGAAUUCCCAAGGCAGUAGAGUUGAAAAGAAUACCCACGCACAAAAAGUGCAAAUGCAAAAAAUUUUGUUCACAAACGAGGCUUGUUGGUGAAAUUUACUCGUCUGACGUAAUCAUGCAUAGGGGCUAUUGUUUAUUGACGGUGUUGAAAUGUAAGAACAUUAGAAAAAUCGUUAGGCCGCAUGCGCAUAUAUUUUCUAACUAUUCAAAGUUGUAUUUUUAUUAUUUUGCCAAGAACUGUGGAGCAAAAACCAGACUGCUAUUAAUUAAGAUCAAGAUUGCAAGGUGCCAGUCAGAGGUGGCACUAACAACUUUGGCUAUUUUAUUUUUAUAUUUAUGUACUGUGUUAGUUCUUUGUGGCCAUUGUUAGUUUUUGUCAUUGUUUUUCGUGUUAUUUUCGUAUCGUAUUGUUCUCUAGUUGUUAUUUUAAUUAUUAAGUUGCCAAGCGGUAAUGUAGUGCCAAUCCUUGAUAUCUCUCCUAAACAGAUCUACCAAAUCUUUCUGCAGCAAAAGCAAAUUGGGCCCACCGCAAAACAGAAGUUAUCAAACAAGUACUCAAAUAUAGAUAUUGAUUGGAAAAAGGUUUACACUUUGGCCUUUCAAUGCACUUUAGACACAAAGAUCAGCCGAGGGAAGUUCGUUACAAAAAUUUAAAUUUCAUAAUCUUUACAAACGUGAAACUUAAUUUAAUUGGUGUAGUGGAAUCGCCAAACUGCACUUUCUGUCAAGAAGCACCGGAAUCCGUUGAUCAUUUACUCUUCUCCUGCAGGAUAUCUUCUGACUUUUGGAAGCAUGUGCUGUCCUGGCUAAGAGAUAAUGAUGUUCAUGUUGAGACAAUUAAUGAGUCUGAUGUGAUAUAAGGAAAAUUUGAUAUUGUCGAAGACUAUAUUCUAAUUAAUCAUAUUUUGUUAUUAGCUAAAUAUUAUAUCUACUGUAGGAAAAGUCAUAAUAGCUUACCCUCAAUUAGAGGUUUUAUUGUUAGGGCAAGACGUGUCUUCAAUAUUGAGCUCCAUAUCGCCAGGGAGAAAAAUAAACUUCUUUUUCAUUUUCAAAAGUGGGAGAAGCUAACUAAUGCACUUAAUAGUAGUUGAUGCACAGAGGUUCGUAAAAGUUAGCAGGCAUCUUUAUUGUUACCGUUGUUGUUGUAAUAUAUAUAUAUAUAUAUAUAUAUAUAUAUAUAUAUAUAUAUAUAUAUAUAUAUAUAUAUAUAUAUAUAUAUAGAUAAAAGAUGAACUUCUGGAGUCGGACUAGUUCAAAAACAUUUAAUCGCUACUCGGAGUUUCAUUUGAUGUCACCAUGGGGUCGUUCGAUGGGGCCGAAACAUGCGAACUAGUUGGUUGCUACAUCCUGUCACGCCUUACAGAAAAGUUCGGAAGGAACAUCGGUCUCUAUCGUGACGACGGGCUGUCGGCAUUCAACAAAACACCACGUGAGAUGGAAAGAGUUAAGAAAGAUAUCUGCCAGAUCUUCCGCGACAAUGAUCUUAAAAUCACCGUGGAAGCCAACCUCACCAAAGUAAAUUUUUUAGAUGUCACACUCGACCUAAAAAGCGAAAAGCACUCCCCAUACAUGAAAGAAGGAAAUACACCCAUCUACGUACACAAGCAAUCGAAUCACCCACCUUCCAUCAUAAAGAACAUUCCCGAAUCCAUCAAUAAGCGCCUAAGUGAAAUCUCAUCUGACAAGGAAUGCUUUGACAAAGCCAAAGAUGCGUACCAAGAUGCUCUUAAUAAAUGUGGCCACAAUUAUAAUCUUUCAUACAAAGUGCCAAUCCCUAAAACAUCACGACAAAACCAACGGCAUAGAAACAUUACUUGGUUCAACCCACCUUACAGCCAAAAUGUUGAAACGAAAAUCGGAAAAUGCUUCCUCAAAUUAGUUGAUCUGCAUUUCCCCAAAUCAAACCCACUGCAUAAGAUAUUUAACCGGAACAGCCUUAAGUUGAGCUACAGCUGCAUGAGCAACGUGAAAACUAUCAUCUCCAGCCACAACAAAGCCCAGAUCAGCAAACCAGUAGCCCAAUCAGAAGAAGUCGCUGGGUGCAAUUGCCGUAAAAAAGAUUCUUGCCCGCUUGAGGGAAAUUGCAAAAUCCAGAACAUUGUAUACCAAGCAGAGGUCACGACUCCACAGUCAAAAGAAACGUACAUCGGCCUAUGUGACACGAUGUUUAAGGAACGAUUCAAUAACCAUAAAUGCUCUUUCAGGAACGAAAGAUACGAGAAUAGCACAGAGCUUAGCAAAUACGUAUGGAACCUAAAACAACGCAAAAUUGAUUACCAAAUUAAGUGGAGAAAAGUAAAGCAAGCUAGGUCUUACUCUAAUGUCAACAAGAAAUGUAAUCUCUGCCUGUGGGAGAAAUACUUUAUUAUUUGCAAACCGGAAAUGUCGACACUCAAUCGUAGAAAUGAACUGUCAUCGAUCUGUAGACAUUCUAAGAAAUUUCUUUGAAAUACCGCGAUAACCUAAUAUAGAUUUACCUGUUCGUUAAGCAUUUUAGCCGUCCAAUCAGAAUUCUUACGUCUUUUCAAAUUUGUAUAUCUUUACAUGUGACCGCUAAUGUUGUCAGUCGCCUGAUGAUUGCUUCUUUAGAGGCAUGAAACUCCGAGUAGCGAUUAAAUGUUUUUGAACUAGUCCGACUCCAGAAGUUCAUCUUUUAUCUAUUUACAGCUCUGUUGUUACCAUUGAGCACUCUUAUAGCAGAUGAAGUCUUCAUUUUAUCUACUUAUAGUUAUAUAUAUAUAUAUAUAUAUAUAUAUAUAUAUAUAAGAGGUUUGAACUUGAAAUCCGUAAAACAGUGCUCAAUACAUAAAGUAGAGCGAGUAUACGUAUGGUUGACGGAAGAAAACAAGUAACUACAUAAGUAUCCCUACAAGCCUGUUUCGUGGUUGCCCACUCAUCAGGGGAUUUUAAUGAGAAUAACUUUACCAUUACUUAUAUACUAGACUGAUUUACAUAAUUUAUUCAGUGCGAGGUUCGUUACAUAUAUAUAUAUAUAUAUAUAUAUAUAUAUAUAUAUAUAUAUAUAUAUAUAUAUAUAUAUAUAUAUAUAUAUAUAUAUAUAUAUAUAUAUAUAUAUACAUAUAUAUUAUAUCUGUCUGGAUUUGCAGAAACAUGGCUACAGAAAUCUCUCUUAUAUACCCUCUGACUGAGCCUUGUAGUGAGGCAUGUUUUUUUUUUUUCAUAGUUACUUUUUAUUUAUUUAAUCGGUACCGGAUAGGCCACCGUAGAUAGACAUUGAUGGGAAAAAAAGUGUUUUUCAUAACUUCCCAUAUAAUUCUCUCUGUAUGUCAGUUUGAAAUCAACGCGCGUAUUAGACUGAACUCGGCUCUCAUAGUGGGUUGUCUUAGAGUUUUUUUGGCUGCCUUGAGCAAUGUUUACCCGGAAGGCAUCAUCAGGCCUUAUGAAGGAACAAUUCUCACGUCUGACAAAGUCUGCUGCGUCCAAUAUCUUCUGGUAUUUCGUCUCAUUUCGGGCUACACGGAUGAAAGACUGAUCCCGGGCUUGAGACGGAAAGAUUGGAUAUUGCGAGCUUUGUUGUUGGCAGUAACAAGUCUUUGGCCUCACAAAGUAGGUUCUAGGGUUGAAAUCUAUUAGGCAAGAUGGAAAUUCAUGCUGAUUUCUGACCAGGCCAAAGACUUAGGAAAAAAAUGUGUGGAAGGCGGGGGCUGUAUGUCUCCUUUUCAACCGCUGGUUUACAUCCGGGAUCUUGAAUAAAUCGACUGUCAGUGAGUCGAGAAAAGUUCCAUAUGACGAUUUAUGUGGAGAAAGCGAGAGUUGGAGUUUCGCCCGUGUUGAGUGUGGAAGUAUUAUGAGUGGUUUUCGGAAGUGUUGUGAUUGGCGCGAAACUCAUUUAUUGUGAGAUUUACCGAAAGUGUUUACAGACAAAUCUCAGGUAUGUGCAGUUGAGCUCGUGUUACCAGAAUACUUUGUGCCAAGCAUAAAAACGCUUCGUGAGUGUUUAGUUUAGGUGAUUUUCUCUUAGAAAGCCUAUUCUGUGCUCAAAGAUUGUGGAUUUGUAAUCUGUUUUCGGCCGACACUGAGCUUUGGGUCUCACGGUUUGACUGACUAAAAGAUCACGAUUUCUGGACGUUUCAAAUGUUGUUUAUUUCAUCGCAAAAUCCUGUUAUUCCUGCGAGAGAACUUUACCGUCCAUUGUUGCAAUAAUGCUGUCAUUGUUUAGCUUCAGCUAAUGACUUUUAACUGCUUCUCAUUCCACUUAGAUGUCAAAUAGUUAAAAUGCACUUGAAAUUUCUUUAGCCACGUUUUAACAAAUCCAGACAGAUGUAUAUACAUAUUUAUUAAAAACUGAAUCAUUGGAUAAUGCAAUUCUAGCAUUUUGAUUGGCUUAGCCGUUAUGGUAUAUGAGCUAUUAUACCAUGCUCUCCAUAUAUGGUCGAUGUACGCGUCAGUUUAAAAUUGGAAGGUAGCUGAGAUUUUUUUUCGCGAAGGAUAGAACGGCGCCCGAAGCAAAUCGUUUUUUUCAUUUCUUAGAAUACUAGAAAUGCAAUUUCAUCGAAAGAAAAAAGACAAAAACAAACAGAAAAGCCACAAGAGCUUGUUUGAAAGUUUGUCGAAAAACACAUGAAAAUACAUGGAACUAAAGCACCUUGACUAGCUACGAAAAGAGGACAGGUGUUGUUUCUUCAUGAUCGGGAAGCCAUUCGCCGAUCGAGUGACUCGCCGAUAGAUAACUGCGGCUUGUUUAUCCGACAUCAAGAAUGUAAAUCACAAGUAACCAGCUACAAAUACAGGCUAUGCAGCCAUUCACUAGAGCAAACGAGUCGGCAGUAUAGCUUCUUUUCUCGUUCAGCAAAACCAGCUUGUGGCUUCAAACAACUUCAUAACAAGCGACCGAGGUAAUAGUUUUUCUCCGUUGUUCUUACCUUUGUAACUGCACCGAAAAUCCAAAUUCACAGUAAUUUCGACGGCUGUCACUUAAAAAUUCUUUUCCUUUCAUUAUCUGCCAGGUUUUUUUAGCUGUCCUGCUGUGUAAAAUCCUAGAAUCCCAAUGAGUUUUUAAAAAAUUAAUGUUCAUUGCUGCAAUGUUUUGAUUUUUCAUUCAUGCAGUCCAGGCGAGUCCGUUCGCGCGUUGACAGUUUUGAUAGACGUGUGACACGUGAAUAGCGGAAGUCCCUUGUCUUUUCCGGUUUGUUUUAGUAGGGGAGAUUCAACGAGUUUUUGUGGGCGUUUUUAAUAAAACAAUUAUUCCACUCGUGCUUGUUGGAUAUGAGAUGAUUAUAGCCAACUCGGCGCUACGCGCCUCGUUGGCUAUCUAUCAUCUCAUAUCCAACGCGCCCUCGUGGAAUAAUUGUUAAAUAUAUAUAUAUAUAUAUAUUUUCGUUGUUGUUAUCCUUUUUCUUUUUUCUUUUAGGUUAGUAUCUAUUGAAGUGGAAUUGUGUAAUUUAAUUUAUUUAAGUAAUGUUAAUUCUUAAAUAACAUUGUAAAAGUUGUCUCUAAUUCAAUAAAAACUGUUAAAAAAAAGCUGCACACCUAGGGAGUCGUUUCUUUAAUUUUCUUUUGUUCAAAAGCAUUUUCUUGGAGAAUUUUCUCUGUUAUUUUUAAGAUCAUCAAAUCAUCAACUUGCUGCCACCCUCCCCCCCCAAAAGCUUUAUUUUAACAAUGAAAGUAAAGCUAGUGGAUAAAAUGAUUCAAAGUGAUUAUUUAUGUGAUAUUUUACGUGUCAAACACUAAAACCUCCCUUAAAUGGCGCUUUUAACCUGAUUCCUAAUUCUUGGUAAAAUCCAAGAUUGCGGCAUGGGUGGCGACCAUUGUUGAUAACGUCAAAGGUCUCCAGCAGGGUAUACCGCAUCCACUGGAGGCAAAAUCGUUUCGAAAUAUUGCAAAAUAUCAAAAACUCUGGGGAAGGCGGUACCAUCAACCUCCCCCUUGAAGCUCCUGCUUGUUAAGUGUAAACUUAUUGCAAGAAGCUUAUGGAUUUAUCCUGUUGUCUUUGCUUGUUUUUUGUUUAUUAUUGAACAUUGCCUUAUCUCUGUUUUAGCUGUUUUACAAUUCACGCAACCAUAUCAAGGAAAGAGCAUAAUGGGUACAGUAGGUUCAUCUAUGAACUUUUCAUGGACAUUCAUCGGUGAUCCGGUCACAAUUAAGUGGGGGAUAAAGAAAGCUGGCGUAAAUGCCUUUGAAUCUAAUGGGCUUAUUUUGUCUGUGGCUAAAGACGGUACUCAAAGGGUUGAAAAUCAAGGAUAUAAUGGGCGUGUAAAUGGAAUACGGAGUGGAAACUCACAGUCUGCACAAGUGGUCUUUACUCUUAGUACCAUUGAGAUGAAAGAUAUGGAAUCGUACCUCUGCGUGCUAAGGGGAGGUUUUGGGGAGUCAGACCAAUUUGAUUACUUGAAUUUGGUUGUGGAAGGUAACUAUAGUUGUUUUCAAUCUGUAUAAUUUCAUUCAAUGCGUGAGUUAAUACUCGAUAAAAAAAGGUUGUCAGUCGAGUGGUAUUUGUCCAGUUGUUAGCCUCUGUGAAAAAAAAAAAAAUCAGAAAUGAGCUGAUUUCUUCGCCCUGAUAAUAGCUUUUAAAUCGGUCAGCACAACGAAAUUCAUCACGGGAAAAAUGCCCGAGAUUCCUCUUCUUCAAUCUGCAAUAUCUCCUCGGACACUCGUUCAAAUGUAGUGAAAUUCAUCUCGUUUUGCAGCUCUUCUUUCCUCUUCACUGAUCGGCCAAAGCAACAAUUCGGAUAGAGAGGCUUUUGUUUAAGGGCAAAUAAGUGGUGUUUACACCUCCAUUUGUCGCCCUUGGGCGAGUAGAUAAGCCCAGAAACUCGGAAUACAGGAAGAGGUAUAUACCAAUCACCGGGAAUCUCCAUGUGAACUACAUAGCGCAUCCCGGUUAAAAUGUUCGCAAUUUCUGGCGAUGAUUAAAGGCAAAUUUAUUAAUCUUGUGUUAAAAGAGAGAAAGGAAUUACUGAAAGUAUAAUUUAACCGACUAUUUUUAUUUAGCAUGUAUCAAAAGUUAGUUGUAUAGUUUUAUCACUUUAAUUUAUUGUAAAAGACACAAAAAAGAUUUAUUGUUCCUGUUACUGUUAAAAUCACCAGUGAUUUGGGUACGGGGAUACCAAAAACACUAACUCCACAUGAGAAGGAGUACCCAAAACUGCAUCACGAGGAUACCCAAAUCACCGUGUUUGAACCGCAACAAAGAUUAAUGGAACAUAUAGACAUUCAUCUGAGUCGUUGGAGUGAUUAAGCAUCUCAACCGGAUUCCAAGGUAUUUUUUCGCUCAUUUUUGAAGGGCAUCCGUCUAAUCUUCGGAUCAAUUCAAGAGCUGUAAUUAAAAAACACGCUGAAGAUGGCGUGACGUAGCAUUUUUUUUUUUACUUCCGCUUGAUUUUGUUACGUGGUUUGGACCAGACGACUUUUGCAGCGAGAUAAAUGUUACUACCCAUCCUCUUCAGUGAGACAAUUUACGUUUUGUGAUUCCUGCCAAGUAAACACACCAGUUCCUCAAAGUCUUCGAAAGACGCUAGUACGUCACAGACCAUCACGAGAUGCUUCUUUCGGUUGCAUCACUGCUGCUGCUGCUUCAGGUACUCGAGUGUGCAGGGAAGAGCAUUUAGAUAGUUAUCGUUUUAUUUUCUUGUGCGAUAAGUUUAUACUUGCUACCUUAAUCUGAACUUCUAGCAAUUGCCGUCGAGUAGUAGUAUCACAUAAUACAGCUAAUAAUACCUUCACUGUGUGGAAAUGUUUAUUCUGCCACUAAUCAAGACCAAGUUAAAGCAUGGCGAUGAUUCAACCACGUACUUUUUUGCACCAGUUCAAAGUAAAGACGCUACACUGAAUAGUAAAAUGCUUGGAUUUAGCAAAUGGAGUGAAAAUAUCUAAAUAUUCCCAGGGUGCGCUAAAUUGUGACGUUGUCAUGUUAAUCGUCAACUAGUUUUGUGACUUGUAACCCGAUAGGGUAAUGAUAGAUUGUGAAAUAUAGAUGAGUCUUGAUCUUCAACAUGGUUUGCGUGUUUACUUAAUGUUACAUGGUGUCCGAAGUGGGAUUCGAGCACAAAGAUAACGCUUGCCAAAAAAAGAAAAAAAAAACGAGAAUGGCGUCAAACUCGAUUGCACCACCUACUCUCUUCAAAGAGGACUGGCCUAAAUGGAUACGACGAUUCGAGCGGUAUCGCAUAUCAACUGAACUCAACAAAAAGCUGAAAUCCUGCAGAUAA